AUGGAAUUUGAUCCAUUAUCGCUCUUUACACCCGAGCCAAGUUCUGAAAUCGAAGAAAAUUUCACUGUGGCAGCUUCGGUUCCUGAUUUUUCAGAACCAUCACACUCCAUCCCUGACUAUGAGGAAAUAGAUGAUUCCCACCUUCAGCCACUUCACAUAUUAGACUUACCCUUAUUACAACUCAAACCUCCCAGUCUGGUUCUCAUAACUAUUUUGCGGUUGUUUUCUCCUGAUGAAGUGUUCAAUUUCGAUCCUUCGGAGUCGAGAUCUGAAGAUCUGAUAGAAGUGGAUAUAGAGGAGGUUUUCCAGGCGAAGAACUUGGAAUCACAUACAGUUGUCAAAGCCCUCGGAUGGCUCAAAAUAAACUGUCCGAGAUUUGACUGCUUGAAGAAACUCGCAUAUAUACCGCAUUUGAGCGAAUCGUUGAGGAGGAACUAUGAACCGGAGUACAACUCCUACUUCACCAGAAUAGUGUCGAAUGAUCUUAGUUGGAUAGAACAGGAAGACGAAAUUGCAUUAAUACACAAACAAGCUUCUCUAAGGAUAAGCGAAAACUGCGGAAGAACUGCCCAGCCAGAAAUUAUUAGGAAAAUCAACCUUCCCAAUCUUUCUCCUCUUCUCAAAGACGGUAGAAAGUACAUUGAAUUGAAAGAACCAUCACUAACCAGUGAUAACUUGGGGCUAAAGACAUGGGGUUCUUCACUAAUACUAGCAAACAGACUAAUUAAUAAAGACGAAAAAGGCUAUCUAGUAGGUGAAGUUCUAGAACUUGGUUCUGGAACAGGUUUAGUCGGUUUGGUGUGUUCCCUAAUUGGCCACAAGACGUAUCUUACCGACUUGGCUGAAAUCGUGCCAAAUCUACAAGUAAAUGUCGAUCUCAACGACAUCAAUGCUGAAGUUCAUGAGCUCAAUUGGUGUGAUCCUAAUUCGUUUGUGUCGAAAUACGGUGAGAAGAAAUUCAAGACAAUAGUCGUUAGUGAUCCAGUCUAUUCGUCAAAUCACCCAUACUGGGUAGUUAACAUGAUUACCAAGUUUCUUGACAACUCUUCCAACUCCAGGGUUCUCAUCCAGAUUCCAUUGAGACCAAAAUUCGAACUGGACCGCGCAUUGUUGUGGAACUUGAUGAAAGAUCAUUUUGUAGAAUUGGAGCAUGUGGUAGAGGACGGCUAUGACGAUUUCGGUAAGAUGAAGUUCUGUUUCAAGAUGUUCAUUAGAAAAGACUCGCAUUCAUAG